AUGAACAACUCUGAGGACACGAUUUUUACCAAUAAUAAUAGCGUCGUAGACAACAUAACAUUAGGUGUGGUGCUAUACGGACGUCAUGAAUUUCUGCGUACAAGGCCUGGACUGGCAGUUCCAUGCAUUAUUGUGCUUGGCGUUGCAUCCAUUGUUGGAACGUUGGGUAACCUGUUGAUUCUGUUUGUCAUUGCUACAAAGAGGAAACUGAGGAACGUGGAGUCAAUUUUUAUCGUGAAUUUGGCUAUUUCGGACCUGUAUGUAACCGUUGUGGCUGACCCUAUGAGUCUUAUAGCCAAGCUAGAGGGAGAGGAGUUUUUUGGGAGUGUACCGGGCCUCUGCAAGGUUGUUGCCAGUAUCUGUACGAUAUCGUGUGUGACAUCACUGAUGACGAUUGCAGCCAUGAGCUUGAACAGAUAUGUUUUCAUUUGCGCUAACGACAUCUAUAACAAAAUAUUUACCAAGAAAACCUGUUGCGCCAUAUCGUUAUCGGUAUACUUCGUAGGAAUAAUUCUCGUAUUGAUGAAUACAGCAGGCGUAGGUGACCAUGGUUUUGACCGAAAAAGUUUGGAAUGUAUAUGGGACAGAAUGGAGACGUUCCCAUUUACGAUUGUGUUUUCUGUCAUUUUAGUAUGGAUACCUUCGAUCAUUACCGGCUUAUGCUUUCUGAGGAUUUAUAUUUACGUCCGGAAACACAGACGUCGAAUACAAGAGCAUACCUCUCAAACAUUCAAUGCCGACAGGCCACCGACGAGUUUCCGCCUUGCUAAAACUUUUGUUUUAAUUUACGCCGUAUUUGUGUCAUGUUGGACGCCGUACGCCCUUCUUAUUGUUAUCGAUUCGAACGACACAUUUCCGCACGAAGUUCACCUAUACAUCACUCUGUUUGCCCAUUUGCACCCGUCUAUGAACUGGUGUAUCUACUUCAUGACAAAUAAACAUUUUGCAAAGGCGUACAAGGAGGUAUUUGAAAUGUUAUUGUCUUGCAAAAAACAAACAAACACACAUGUUCACAGGAUAGAAAUACAUCAGGUAAAAGUCAGCGAAACCAUUAGCCACUCCUAA